UUGUUUUCUUCUUCACAUGUUCCUCGCUGGCUUCAAGUCCUUCUCACUGAGAAAUUCUAUAACGCUUGUAUAAUUCACGAGGAAGCGAAGAAGAACGAGAAGAACGUGUACUGUUUGGAUUGUUGUACCAGCCUUUGCCCUCACUGUUUGCCCCCUCAUCGUUCUCACAGACUCUUGCAGAUUAGAAGAUACGUUUAUCACGACGUUAUAAGGCUGGAUGAUGCUGCCAAGUUAAUUGACUGCUCUUUAGUUCAAUCGUAUACCACGAACAGUGCAAAAGUGGUGUUUUUGAACCAAAGGCCACAGACAAGGAACUUCAGAGGCUCCGGCAAUUUCUGCAGUACCUGUGACAGAAGCCUGCAAGACCCAUACCAAUUCUGCUCUCUCUCUUGCAAGAUCGAUUACCUUUUGAGGACAAGGAAUGGCCUUUCUGGGUACUUGUUCGAGUGCAACUAUUUGCCCUUGCCUGAGUCUGGGUUCGACAACGGGCUUAUGACCCCAGACUCGGUGCUGGAGCCGUCCGGCUCGAACCGGACCACGUCGUCGGGUUCGGGUGGCUACGGCGGCGUGGACUGCAGGGUGUUGGUUUCCACUGCUACAACGGAGAUUGUCAGGAAGAAACGGAGCGGCGGCGGCGGCGGCGGCGGGGGUUCGGCGUUCAGAGGAGCGUGUAGGCCGGCUUGUUCGCCGGUGUCGGAGAUUUCGGUUGGUCUGAUGAACCGCAGGAAGGGGACGCCCCAGAGGGCCCCACUGUAUUGAAUUAUGUACGGAAAUUAUCAAAGGACACAAGAGGGGAAGACCGGGAG